CACCCUCACCCUGAAGGUGACAGUUCCUUGGAACCUUCCUUGAACCUUGUGAUCCCAGGCUCUAAGAGUCCACUCUUCCCAGCUCAGCUCAGUACCUCCUUACAGCCACAGCAGCCACCUCCAAGAUCCCUACACUGAUCAUGCUUUUCCGAAUCUCCAUGUCGGCCACGGAGUUUCUUCUAGCCUCUCUCAUCUUCUGUCUAGUAUUCUGGGUAAUCAGGGCCUCAAGACCUCGGGUCCCCAAAGGCCUGAAGAAUCCACCAGGGCCAUGGGGCUGGCCCCUGAUCGGGCACAUACUAACCCUGGGAAAGAACCCACACCUGGCACUGUCAAGGAUGAGCCAGCGGUAUGGGGACGUGCUGCAGAUUCGCAUUGGCUCCACACCUGUGCUGGUGCUGAGCGGCCUGGACACCAUCCGGCAGGCCCUGGUGCAGCAGGGCGAUGAUUUCAAGGGCCGGCCCAACCUCUACAGCUUCACCCUCAUCAGUAAUGGCCAGAGCAUGUCCUUCGGCCCAGACUCUGGACCAGUGUGGGCUGCCCGCCGGCGCCUGGCCCAGAAUGGCCUGAAAAGUUUCUCUAUUGCCUCUGACCCAGCCUCCUCAUCUUCCUGCUACCUGGAGGAGCAUGUGAGCAAGGAGGCUGAGGUCCUGAUCAGCAAGUUGCAGGAGCAGAUGGCAGGGCCUGGGCACUUUAACCCCUACAGGUAUGUGGUGAUAUCAGUGGCCAAUGUCAUCUGUGCCAUUUGCUUUGGCCAGCGCUAUGACCACAACCACCAAGAACUGCUUAGCCUAGUCAACCUGAGUAAUAAUUUCGGGGAGGUGGUUGGCUCUGGAAACCCAGCUGACUUCAUCCCUAUUCUUCGCUACCUGCCCAACCGUUCCCUUAAUGGCUUCAAGGACUUGAAUGAGAAGUUCCACAGCUUCAUGCAGAAGAUGAUCAAGGAGCACUACAAAACCUUUGAGAAGGGCCACAUCCGGGACAUCACAGACAGCCUGAUUGAGCACUGUCAGGAGAAGCAGCUGGAUGAGAACGCUAAUAUCCAACUGUCAGAUGAGAAAAUCGUUAAUGUCGUCUUGGACCUCUUUGGAGCUGGGUUUGACACAGUCACAACUGCUAUCUCCUGGAGCCUCAUGUAUUUGGUGACGAACCCCAGGAUACAGAGAAAGAUCCAAGAAGAGCUAGACACAGUGAUUGGCAGGUCACGGCGCCCCCGGCUCUCUGACAGAUCCCAUCUCCCCUAUAUGGAGGCCUUUAUCCUGGAGACCUUCCGACACUCCUCCUUCGUCCCCUUCACCAUCCCCCACAGCACCACAAGAGACACAAGUCUGAAAGGGUUUUACAUCCCCAAGGGGCGUUGUGUCUUUGUGAACCAGUGGCAGAUCAACCAUGACCAGAAGCUAUGGGUCAACCCAUCUGAGUUCCUACCUGAACGGUUUAUCACCCCUGAUGGUGCUAUCGACAAGGUGCUAAGUGAGAAGGUGAUUCUCUUUGGCUUGGGCAAGCGGAAGUGCAUCGGUGAGACCAUUGCCCGCUGGGAAGUCUUUCUCUUCCUGGCCAUCCUGCUGCAGCGGGUGGAGUUCAGCGUGCCACCGGGUGUGAAGGUGGACAUGACCCCCAUCUAUGGGCUGACCAUGAAGCACGCCUGCUGUGAGCACUUCCAAAUGCAGCUGCGCUCUUAGGUGCUUGAGAGCCCUGAGGCCUAGACUCGUCUAUCUGGUCUGGUUGGGCAGCCAGAUCGGCGGGCUGGCCUAAGUGAUCUAAGGUUCAGCCUGAAACUUAUAUAGACACUGAUCUGGCUACAGUUUUGCUAUCUGGGCUGUGGGCAAGCCUAAGGGAUACUGCCUGCCCCUACCCUGGACUUGCCUCUGCACACCCUCCACAGACAACAGGUAAAACAGGGCCACAUAGAUGCUGAUGGAGCCUUCCCAAGUUGUGGUGCUUGAGCCAGGAGGCCUGCUAGGGUUAGGAGGUCCUUAGGCCUCUGAGAAGCUCUGAAGAACUCUCUGGAAGCCCCUGGGCCCAGCAGUUAGCUGGCUUUGUGCAGGUGCUGACUGGCUUGAGCAAGUUAGAGCUGGCCACACCAGGACCCUGUCCAAUCUUUGACAAUUGGGAGCUGCCAAGAGUGAAGGGAAGAGACAGCCCAGGAUACUGGCACAGAGGUAGUCUCACUACUUGAACUAGGCUGAGCAAUCUGGCCCUAUGGGUCUAGGACACAGUUCCUGGGAAUAUCGCAUUCCUCUGCCCUUCCUGUAGGCAGGAACAAACAGGGCUGCCUUCUGGCCUUGUAAAACCCUUGUUGCUGUCCAGGAGGGCCUGGGGACUUGUGUCUAUGGGGAGCAGAGCGCAGAGGCAGUGCACAUAUUCAGGCACCAGGAUUGGGGCUGGAGUGAGGUUGUGGUAUUUCAAUUACCUUCUAUUGGUCUCCAUUCUCUACACUCUUGUAAUAAAAUGUCUAUUUUUAAUGUUUGUACACAACAAUCUUUCUAUUCUAGCCUGCAUUGUGCUUACAUGCCUGCAUAAGGUUUAAGAACCAUUGAUUUAAUGUAAUAGGGAAAGUUCUAACCCAAGUAUCCAAAAAUGUGUAAGAACAACUACCUGAGCUAAAUAAAGAUAUUGUUCAGAAAUCCUA